CAAAUUCCCAACCAAGCUAAGGCAAAGCAAAUAAAGAAGGUCGCCAGGAUUAAACGUGCACCGAAUCUCUCUCUCUCUCUCUCUCUCUCUCUCUCUCUCUGUCCAACCAAAUUUCUGAUCGAUUGCGCCAUCGCGUAAACCAGUUCCGGCGUAGUGCUCUGUUCGUUUUGUUCUUCGGAAAGAUACGAUUGAUGAUUUCUAGGUGAAAGAAAGAAAGAAAGAAAGUAAGAGUGUCUCUUCCGGCGAUUUCGACAUGGAAUCCGUAUAUUCCAGCGGCGGCGGCGUAACGAAGCUAGAACCGUCGAUCGCGGCGUGGCAUUUCCAGAUUGCAGUCUAUUUCGCCUUCGGAUUCUUCUUUUUGAGGCUCUUCCUCGAUAGAUUCGUCUUUCAAAGGAUAGCUGUAUGGCUUUUGACUACUGGUUCUACGCCAAUUAAAAUGAAAGAUGCUGCUACUCGUGCAAAGCUCAUCAAAUGCAAGGAGUCCCUCUGGAAACUGCUCUACUUUGGUGCUUGCGAGAUUUUCGUCCUCAAUGCCCUUUAUCACGAGCCUUGGGCCACUGAUAUUAAACUCUUCUUUCGCGGUUGGCCUAACCAAGACCUCAAGCUUCCAAUAAAGCUUUACUAUAUGUGCCAGUGCGGUUUCUAUGUGUAUGGUGUUGCUGCCUUGCUUGCAUGGGAGACCAGAAGAAAGGAUUUUGCUGUUAUGAUGUCUCACCAUGUCAUCACUAUCAUCCUCAUUGCCUACUCAUACCUUACCAGUUUUUUCCAGAUUGGAGCUAUCAUCCUAGCCCUUCAUGAUGCAAGUGACGUUUUUAUGGAAACUGCUAAAAUUUUCAAGUACUCUGAAAAGGAAUUUGGAGCAAGUGUGUGUUUUGCACUUUUUGCUGUCUCCUGGCUAUUGCUACGCUUGAUUUACUUUCCAUUUUGGAUCAUAAGGGCCACAAGCAUUGAACUCCUGGAUUAUUUGGACAUGACAUCACUUGAAGGCACCAUCAUGUACUAUUCCUUCAACACAAUGUUACUGAUGCUUCUUGUUUUCCACAUAUACUGGUGGUAUCUCAUAUGCGCCAUGAUUGUAAGACUACUUAAAAACAGAGGCAAAGUUGGAGAAGACAUAAGAUCCGAUUCAGAGGAUGAUGAUUAGGCUUAUAAAGCAUUGCAUAUACGGAACAUGUUUCCAUUUCUCCAACCAAACCAUUCAGCUGCUGAUGAAUAUGUUCUCAGCUUCAUUACCUUACUGAUUAGAGUUGGAGGUCUUAAAAAGAAGGAAGGUUAUAGUUUUUUUUUUUCAAUUUUGUAUUGAUGGGGAGUCCAUUUGGACGUUAUAAGACUGCAUAUUCUCUUUUGACAAAUAUAAGAAAAACAGAAGCUCAGAUUUCUUGUGUUGUUCUAUGCUGUAUACAACAAUUUGGAAGUCACUUUGUAAAUGCAAUUUUCUCUUUGUAUU